AUGGGGCCAGCUCUGCCACCCACUGCCAGGAGCAGAAGUGAAGCUGAAGCUGGGGGUGGCUGGGGUGACCCACGGGGAGCGUGUGGGGCCGUGAGUGGCCAAGGACAUCUCUCCAACCCCUUUCCUGCCCUGCAGGUGUAUCCAUCCAACUCAGGUGAUGACUACAGCAGGGAUCCAGCUGGAUAUACUCCCUCCAAACCCUCCAGCACUGUGUAUCCCGGGGCCUUUUAUAUGGCAGACGGGCUCCACAACUCGCCAGACCUGUGGAGCUCACCAGGUGCCAUGAGCCAGUCGAGUUACGGUGCCAUGCUGGGCAGCUCCUCCUCCCCACUCCCACAGUCCAGUGGCUUCAACAGUUUACAUCAGCACGAACGCAUGAACUACCAGCUUCAUUCAGGAGAGGUUAACGGCGGCCUCCCCUCUGUGUCUGGCUUCUCCUCGGCCUCCACGCCGUACGGCGUCUCCAGUCACACCCCCCCGAUCAGCGGCACAGACACCAUGAUGGGUAACAGAGGAACCACGGCUGGGAGCUCGGGAGACGCGCUCGGGAAGGCACUAGCUUCAAUUUAUUCCCCCGAUCACUCUAGCAAUAACUUCUCCUCAAACCCCUCCACACCAGUCGGCUCCCCUCAGGGGCUUGCAG